AUGCUGAUGGACGAGGCAUGGGCCAACCAAGUGGCUUAUGCCAAAUCCAAUGAGAGGAAAGGUUCCCUGCGUAAAGGCAAGGAGGCUUCGGAGAUCCACGAGCAAAUACUACAGCUAGAAAGGAAUAAGAUUCUGGGAGACGCAAAUGCACGAGAGACGGGAGAAUCCGAUUUACCAAAUUUUGUAAACGAUUCGGGGGCAUUUCAAUCACUUCAAAACAGAGUGCAAACGGCCCUUCAAGGCACAAAUAUACCGGAACCAAGAUUGGAUCCUGAUCAUUUCAAUAGAAAUCCAGGCCAAUUGGACAAUGAGCUUGGAAAUGUAUCACCAUCGAUUCCGGAUAUAAACUCUGGAGCUUUGAUUGCACCAGAAACCGGAAACUUCCAAAACUCACCUUCGAAUUCGAUCAAUGAUCAAAGGGAGGAAACAACGAAAAAAGUGCAGGAGGAGAUUCAGCAUUUCAAUCGAAUCCCAGCCAAGCACUCCCAACAAAAUCUUCCGGUGAACCAGGGCUUAUCGAAUGCACAAAUGAAGAAACCAAUGAUGAAUGAAGAAAAUACUGAUCCCAACAAAAUUCCUGCCGCCACCAUUCGAGAAAAUAUUUUGGUGAAGAAAGGAACAGUACCUGAUGCCCAAAAGUUUAUAGUCACUAAUUAUUCUGUGCGAGAAUUGGAACUUAUGGAAGAGUUGAGGAGAUACAAGGAGCGAAACGAUUUUCUUCAAGAGAAAAACGAAAAGCUUGAAAAUGAUCUGGGUUAUCAACGCCAUCAGAAUGAUAUACUCCUCGAAAUCAUUCGAAAUUACUCUGUCCAUGGUAAGUGAAAAGUAAAAAGAAAAUAUUGAAGGCACUUGCGCUAUGAUUGUUAGAGAUCACCGAGAUCACUCAUAUUUGAAUUGUGUGGAGAAACACUUUUGGGUUAAAUUCCUUUUAUUUUCAUAAAAAAAAUCUGUAAUUUUAAUGCCAAGUGAUCUAUUCUUAUGAUGAUAUAUUCUUUUAUAUGUAAUAAAGUGAAUUAUGUGGAAAAACACUAUUGCGUAAAAUUCUUUUUUUUGUGUGAUUUUUAAGUAUUGAUUUAUGUUCUACGAUGUAGAUUGUAGGCUUGCAGGAAUUGUGGAACCAAGCGAUGUCGCACUAAAUUUCCUGUCUCAAGAAGACUAUUCUCCGACUGUGGACAAUCAGGGACUUCCGUAUAAGAUAAUGGCAUUUGUACAGGACCAUCACGUGCAAGCAUUCUAGCAACAACUUUCAUGUUAUGUAGCACACAACAUGAUAUAAUAAAUUGGGAAGCUUUAUGUGGUGCAUAUCUGAAUUUCCGUUCACUGUUGAGACUACGAAAUACUUGCUUCAUUAGUCCAUUAGUCUUCUCAAUGACAUUGCGAGCAAUUGAAUGCAUUUUAUUAAAAUUUGCCUCAUCAAUCGAUGUAAUUUCCCUAAAUGGGGUGAUUAGCCAUGGAGUGAGAGGAAAGCCCGCAUCACCUGAAAAAAUUGACACGCAGUAGAAUUAAUUCAUAAUUUUCCUAUAUGGUGUAAGUCAUACACGUAACUUCGUAACUUUCGAUAAGGAAAAGGGUAAAUAAUAAUUUAAUAUAGCAUAAAUGUGUAGGUAUAACUUUUUAUCCCUAUAACAUGCAAAACAAUGGCUAUAGUACUGUUUAAAAAUAAAUAAAUAAAUGAGAAAAAUAUGUAUUUUUGCAUUUCCAGAAUAAUUAAUUGAAGUAAUGAGGCUUUUUUAUCAUAUCAUUUCAAAGAUUUUUAUUUCUUGAAUAAUAAAUUAAAUGAAAAUUUCUACUUUUUUCCCUUUGAGAGUAUAAUCUUAAUAUCAUUGGACUCUGCCCCCACUCUCCUUUAUAUCAUCCUUGAUAAAAAGAAUUUUAUUUUUCUACGGAAUGGUCAAAUUACGCGAUCUAUUUUUUUAGCUGUGAUUCUUUCGAAGAAUAUAAUAACACAGUUUUUAAAGUAUACGAUGGUACACAUUUUAUAUUCUUAAUGCGGAAUCGUUUCAUCCAACUUUACCAAUAAUAAAUGAUGUAACAUUCAAAUAUUUAUAGUUACCGAGUAGGUAUGUUUGAUUGUUAAGAUAGUUGUAUUUAGAUUUCAGAUAGCGUGCAAUCCUAGAUACGCCAUAUAUAUGGGCAUCGUGAGCUCCCCCGCAAAAGUCUGAUUUAACGUUCAUAAUAAAUUGAUCGCUGUCGCAAAUCUGAAAUUAAUCCACAAAACAAUUUUUUUGUCAUUUACAAUUUAAUACUAAAAGUUAAAGAAAAUAAUGAAUAUUGUUGGUGACAACCACUUGGUAUAGUCUCUGCACCAAAUUUUCUUUGCGAUUGGACCAAUAUGGUGUAGAAAUGCAUAAAACUGUACAGGAACGUAAUCCUUUUUUAUUAUAUAGAAGAAGAUGAAAUUUCUUACCAACAUCACGUUCACACUGUAAAAUCCUCUACGAUUAAAAUAAUUUCGCGCAAUCCUUUUUGGAAGAGCUGACAGCGGAACAUGGGUGUUAUCAAUGGCACCCACAAUACCAUUGAUAUGAUACUUUGUUCGAAACCUAAAAACAAGUUUAGUAAAUACCUAUGAGUAUAUCUUUUAUUAUGCACAAUAUAACAGGGAUCAUAAACAUUUCUUUCAUAUACGCAAAAAAUUAAAGUUAAGACUUUUUUUUAAUGAAUAUUUAGACGAAAAAAAAAGCCAAGUACGUUAAGAGCUAAGAAAAUUAAGAAAAAUUUUCCGAAGGAGUCAGAGCGCAAUGGAUAGAGCAUUCAAGCUAGCUUCCGAAAGGUCGCCUGUUCGAACACAGAACUCAGUAAGUGCUUCUCUUCUCGAUCGGUUGGAUCCGGAGAUUGAUACAUUAUUAUCUGUAGAAGGGUCUAAUGUGCUGGUAGCUCGAUAGUCACAUUCCUUCUACGUAAGCAAAACAACAUCAAUGAAAUCUGGAAGUAGGCUUAAAUCUCUGAAUAUAAUUACAACUCACCCUUCUUUCUUCUUAUUAACCUCCUCAACAGUGGAUGGGAAAAUAAUAUAUCGAGAUUUUAAAUUCACUGCCACUAUUCGGCUCAUCUCGUCAACAAUUCUAGAAACUGAUGCCUGGCUCAGUUGAAGCAAAAAGGUCGACCCAACCCGUUUUUGGUAUCCUCCACUCGCCAAAAAGUUCAAGAAUACGAGAACUUUUAGCUCAAGGGGGAUACCACUGAUGCUCCGAGGUGGAGGAGCAAACUCCCGAAUAUCCGAAAUCAAAAGUCGUACCAGAGGCUUUGUCAAGUGGAAUUGAAAAUAGAAUCUAGAGAAAGAAAUUUAAAUAAAGUAAAAUAAAAAAAUAAA